GUUCGCCCAGGUGGUCGAAGCGGCCAUCGCUGCUGGGCUGGCGGCGGCCCUGCCCGUGCUCGCCGAGGCCGGCGUGACGACAUCUGGAGGACCUCGGCUUGACAACGACACAUGUGGCCAUCGACGUGCCGCUCCACAAGACAGCCCCCGGCGGGCGCCUCUCGAGUGUGCAUGCGGGGUACAGAUCCAGCCGCUGUUGUGCCCAUUCCACGCGGCGCAGCGCCACCUGCUUCGGCUACGGCUCCGCGGGUCGACGGGUCCGGACGACCCACUCCUGCCGGCGCAAGACAAGGGCUUCAUGUCGAAGCACGCCGUGAUCCACAAGAUACGACAGGUCUUGCAGGCGGCAGGGGUGGAGUUGACGUAUGUGGACCCCAACGGCAGACAGCGGCAGCUCUUUGGCGGCCACGCCGCGAGGAGGCCGCCCCGUUGGCCCGCGGCAGCGGCGGGCUUUGGUAACGCGGCGAUGGGCCCAGCGCCGGGCGGCCCUCGUCCGCUCGCACUUCCGGCGUUCCCGGUCCCAGAAGGUGGACUGUACGCCGAAGCGGUGCGCAAGGCGUACGAAGCUGACCUGGAGAGAGCCGAAUGGGUACGCCUGCCUGCGCUGCUUCCGCCAGAGGCAGAGCCGUCCGGCGGAAGAGAGGUUCGACCAGAGGGAGUCGUCCUCGUCCGUCGCCAAGUCCUCGGCGGAGCUAUGAAGUGGCGCCCGGCCGCCCUUAGCCCGCCGCCUGUCAUGGCUACUGCGUCGACUCCGGCCACGGCGGCGUCUACAAUGAUCGCCUUCGCGGACUUGGCUCGCCAGGCGGGCGCCGGGCCCCCCCUCGUGAACUACUUGACAGCAAAGGGCCUGGACUGCGCGGCGACCCUUGCCUUGAUCGUCGACAACGUCGCCGACCUGGUCCAUCAGGUCACCAUAAGCGGCGUAAACCACUCGGCGCAGCCCGAGAACCACGCCGCGGUGAGAGCCAUCAUCACCCACAUGUGGCGGGAGGCGCGCAGGCAGGACAUUGCCCAUGUGGCGCCCCCUCAGGCGACGCCGGCGCCGUCGCCUUCACCGACAACGACGGUCACCUCGACGGGCAUGUCGGUCGACCCCGACGACAAGAUCCCGAAGACCUUUGCCCACUGGGCUACCCAAAUCGACGUCUACAACAACCGCCUCCUCGACGGCAAGACGCGGCGCUUCCCCGAGAACAUGCUCGCCGGCGCCGAGUCCGUCCUCGCCAGGGUAUGGCGUGAACAUACCAAAACGAAGGCGUACACGCCCAUCAGCCUCGGCGAGAUUCUUCAAAAGCGGCUGUUCACGGCGCUGCGGCUGGUGAACGGCGAGGUGGUGUCAGUUGAAGACCCUCAGUGGGCGCCCCGAUCACUGUUGGCGAGCAUCGACGGUGUCGACGCGGCCAGGUGGGCCCUCAUCCUCGUCGAGGUCGGCAAGGAGGAGGACAUUAACACCUUUGCCGACUGGUUCGUCAGCAAGGCGCGCGGCAACCCGACCAAGCUCGACCAGGAGAUGGUCGCCGAGGUCAUGGCCGACACGGCGAUGAUGAACGAGGCCAUGGCAUAUGUGGAGCCGACGCCCAAGCGCAACCCCGCCGGCGGCAACACCAACGACGACGACUUCAACCUCAACACGCCGCGCGCAGACAACAUGACGACGACUACCGGGGCAAUCGUCGGGGCGGAGGCGGCAACCGCGAUUGACGGGGUGAUCGAGCAGGACCGAGACGAGACGAUCGACGAGAUGACCGUUGUGAUGACCGGGCCCAGGACUGGCGACGCGGCGGGGGCAGAGGUUACCGCCAGCAGUACCAGCAGUGGUCGCGCGACGACGACAGCCCUUCGGCCAAGCGCCUUCGACUCCGACAACGCGACCCCCAUGGCGGGGAGAUCGUUCUCCUCUCCUUCUUCGACGGGCGGCCUUCGCCUGGGAGAUCGACGGCGCGUCUUCGACGGGAUCGGCGCGGCGCCCUACAUCCUGGACCAGCGCUUCGGGAAGUUGAAGGCGGCCUUCGCCUGGGAGAUCGACGGCGCGUGCCGAAGGGUAGCCGAGGAGCGCCUGCCAUGGCUCAGGCAGCGAGGCGACUUGACCAAGGACUCGGCGGACGACGUCGUCAGGAUCAUCGAACAAGUUGACCCCGACGGCACGGCGAUCAUCAUCGUCACCAUGGCGCCGCCUUGCCAGGACUUCAGCCUCAUUCGGUCCGACGGCCCGGGGCACAUGGGGAAGAAUGGCUGCCUCCUCCUCAAAGCAACCGAGUUCGUCGAUCACAUCAAACGGCGACUUCCGCGGCGCAGGUUCGGCGCCCUCGCUGAGAACACGACCAUGAGGAAGGAAGACGCGCAGAUCAUCGCCGACGAGCUCGAUUGCCAACCGGUCUUGGUCUGCGCAAGCGACUUUGGGUGGAUAUCUCGGCCGCGCCUGUUCUGGAUGUCCAUCGACUGGUCCGAUGUGAGGCAAGACCCGGCGACAGGCGCCCACUUGGUCUGGUCGGUCCAGGACGGCUGGGAUCGCCUACGACUUGACGCCUCCCGACCCUCGGCAGACGACUUCAACCUCGGCGGCCUCAAGUUUCACCCGUCUGUGUCCUCCGGCAGAAGGAAGACGACGGCGGCCGGCUGA